CAGUUAUUAUUUUAAUGAAUUUGUGUUUAAUAGUUGUACCGUGUGAUAGUUGGGUAACGAGUGCCUACUAGGUGUAGGGUGUCACAAGAUGAAAUCGGUAACAACACUCACUGUGUUGUAUGCAGUGUUUAAAUUUGUUAGUUGUACUAGUGUGGCAACUAAAAAUAAUGUAUGUACGAAUCUUUUGGACUACAGAUAUUUACAAACCAGCAAGAAUUGCUAUUACAAUCCUAAUGUAAAAGCCUCAACGAAAGAAAUUUUUCAAAGAUAUGGAUAUACCCAUGAAGUACACUAUUUAAAAACCCAAGAUGGUUACAUGGUAAAGCUGGAAAGACUGGGUAUAAGUGAAAAAGAUUGGAAAGGGCAAAGACAACCUAUACUGUUGCAAGGUGGUGUGGGAGCAGCUCCACAAUUUUGGGUAUUACGAGGUGAAGAUGGACUUGCGUUUCAGUUAUUCGACAAUGGUUACGACGUAUGGAUAUCUAGUAUACGUGGAAGCUUUUCUGAAUCAAAAAAUGAAACCUAUAACAAAAGCGAUGCACGUUAUUGGGAUUAUACUUUUCAUGAAGUAAGUAUUUAUGACAUUCCACUAAUGUUAGAAUAUAUCUCAGAAAAAACAGACAACAAGAAAAAGAUCAUAUACAUUGGACAUUCUAUGGGAACAUCGAUAUCGUAUGUCUACGCCAUUGAGAAAAAAGAGCACGCUGAAAAGUAUCUACGAGGACUAGUAUCUUUAUCACCAGUUGCGACUUUGAAUCAUGCUGAACUAGGAAUCAGAUUUUUAGCGAAAUUUGCAAAUUUGGCGUUUACCAUUUUAAAAGCAUUGGGAACAUAUGCACUUGGAGAGCCACCAAUUCUUCGGUUCUUAAUAUUUCAGAUUUGUUCUCAUUAUCCUACGAUAAUAUUGUGUGAUGUAUUUAAUGGUAGAUGGAUUGGAACCUUGCCAACAAAGGAAAGGGCUGACCUUGUUCCGGUCUUUUUUAGCUUUUUUCCCCAACCUACUUCUUGGAAAUCAUUUAAGCAUUUUGCACAAAUUAUUACCAGUGGACAGUUCCAAAAAUAUGAUUUUGGAUUAAAGGAAAAUAUGAAGAUAUACAAACAAAAUGAACCACCAAAGUAUAAUAUUAGUAACAUUGCUCUGCCGGUUCAUUUUUUCCUUGGUACCAAUGACAAUUUAGCAACCAUUAAAGACAAUGAUUACUUAAUAAGUAUUCUACAAAAGAAUGGUGUCACAACUUCCAGACGUAUUUAUGACGAAUAUGCACACAACGAUAUCUUCUUGGGAAAAGACUAUGAUAAGUUUGCUAGUGAUGUGCUGAGUGUAUUGGACAUUCUAAGAGAAUCAAAUCAACCCAUUAAAUGAAAAUUAUUUGUUAAAGAAAAAAGAAUAAAUCUUGUUUAAAAUAA